AUUUUUUCAGCAUCGCACUGUGGUGGCAACAUUGAGAUAUCCGCCCCCUUCCUGCUCUGCAGCCGGCCAAUCCGUUGUUUACGUUUGGCAGACGCUUUUGCUUUUUGGCACAAGUUUAUCUUAAGUUUUAAACCCAGAGCAUUAUUUUUUUGCAAGUAUCUCUUUCAUUUGAUUUAUAAUGGAAGCUCACAAUAGUGACUCUGAAAGGAAAAAAGCUCUCAUCACUGGAAUAACUGGACAGGAUGGCUCAUAUUUAGCCGAACUGCUUUUGGAAAAGGGAUAUGAAGUUCAUGGAAUAAUUCGUCGUGCCAGCACAUUUAAUACAGGUCGCAUCUCACAUCUCUACAAGAAGCCGCAGGAACAUACUGGUGGCUCCAUGAAGCUGCAUUACGGAGAUAUGACAGAUAGUAGCUGCCUUGUUAAACUUAUAGGGACCAUACAGCCUCAUGAAAUUUAUAAUUUGGCUGCACAAAGUCAUGUUCAGGUAUCUUUUAAUCUCAGUGAAUACACAGCUGAAGUUGACGCUGUAGGAACACUCCGUCUACUGGAUGCAAUUCGCACUUGUGGAUUAGAGAAAUCAGUCAAACUAUAUCAAGCUAGCACAUCAGAAAUGUAUGGUCUGGUCCAAGAAACCCCACAAAAAGAAACAACACCAUUCUACCCUCGAUCACCUUAUGCAUGUGCUAAGCUUUAUGCUUAUUGGAUUGUUGUAAAUUACCGUGAGGCUUAUUCAAUGUUUGCUUGCAAUGGAAUUCUCUUUAACCACGAGAGUCCAAGAAGAGGAGAAAACUUUGUCACAAGAAAAAUAACUAGAUCUGUGGCUAAAAUCCAUUUAAACCACAUUGAAUGUUUUUAUCUUGGAAAUCUGGAUUCUAAGAGAGAUUGGGGACAUGCAAAAGAUUAUGUUGAGGCCAUGUGGAUGAUGCUGCAACAAGAGAAGCCAGAGGAUUUUGUUGUUGCUACUGGAGAAACACAUAGUGUGCGGGAGUUUGUCGAGGCAUCUUUUGCAUAUGUUGGAAAAGAGAUUGUGUGGGAAGGUGAAGGCAUUAAUGAAGUUGGGAAAGAAAAAGACACAGGAAUUGUAAGAGUAAAAGUGAACACCAAAUACUUCAGGCCAACAGAAGUAGAUUUUCUCUUGGGUGACGCCAGCAAGGCAAAGAAGCUUCUUGGGUGGAAACCAAAAGUUUCAUUCGAGGAACUAGUGAAGGACAUGAUGGAUGCCGAUUUAGAUUUGAUGAGAAGAGAUCCUACAGCAUAAUCUAAUCUCUCACCCAAAGUCAAGAGGAUUCUUGGCUGAAAUAGUUGGUGUCUUGACAUUCCACUGCCUCUAUUGUGCUGUAACUGAUCAUUAUUCUGAUGUCACCAAGGAGUUGCAUUGAGUUUCUUGAAACUAUUCUUUUUUUAUAAGAUAUUCUAGAAUGAUAAUGUUAAUGAAAAUCAAUUCAUCAAAAUCAUGUACUGUUCUGUUGUUUUUAAUCAUAUAUUUAUUGUGACUUGUAUUUCAUUUACUCAGCUUAAAAUGAUUUAUCACUUGUGAGGGUAACUGUGCAGUGUGUACAUGUUAUAUUUCAUCUGGAUGAUGCUGUUAAUUUGUUAUGCAGUAUGCACUGUACCACAAAUACUUUCCAGUUAUUGAAUUUAUGUUUUUGAUUGAGCACAAAAAUGUGUUAUUUGAUGAUGUGAUACGCAGUGAGGCAAGUUCAUAUCAUUUCACACUGCUGCCCCUAGCUGAGAUCAAUUAGGGAAUGUUUGUUUCACUUUGAUGACUGACAAAGCUCUGUUUGGUCAAUUCUGUCAUUUGGCCAGUAUUGAUCUGUUUCUGUUAUUUUAUGCAUUUUGAUGGGUCUGUGGUACUCCAGUACCUGCUUGAAUUUGUGAUUUUACUUAAGUUUUACUAUAAUCAUUAUGUUGCAUUUUAUGAUGUAUGUUAUACCAGAGUUAUGUUUAUAUUUUUCUUUGUUUUGUUAUUUUUUCAUAAAAUCCUCUCCUUUAGUGAAAGUAGUAACUUUCUUUUUGGUGUGGAAAUUGUAUCAACUAUUUUAUUUCACCAAUGUAUUUAAGUCUGAUUCAAGAUAUGGCCUAUUGAACACAAAGUAAUGAUUUUAGAAACGGACGACGCAUGUUACCAGAAAGGGGUGUCACACCCACACCUACCCACAAUGUAAAUAAAAUGAAAUGAAAUUUUACAGCA